AUGAUACGAACCGCCUUCUAUGAUUACAGGACAAUGGUUCGAUUAGUUUUGUCAGGAAAUAUUUCUAGAUGGGCUCUAUUGGUUUUGUUGGCGGUUACGAUUCCUGCUAUACCCACCACUAUUCACCAAUACCUCAUACAAUGUUUCACUUUCCGUCUUCCAACGGUCUCGCACUUGUACUGCGCGUAUAUUGGCGGGCCGUAUUUUUGUGGACCCAAAGACAGUAGCCGCUCGAAAAAGGUGGCUCUGCUAUCCAACACCGUGACAUCGACUGCACGCUCCGCUGGGGAUAUCUUCGAGUCGAUCCUUGACCUAGGAAAUCCCAACCAUGUCCGUCUUUACCAAGAUGAGAUCCUGGAACUUUCUCAGACUAUCGCUGCCUCGGACAUCCUGGGGAAGAAAGAACACCUUGCCGAAAGUGUUCAGAACCUCAGUGAGAUGACCAGAGAUGUCAGGGACAGGGUCAACCUCUUGAAUAGUGCAAGUAUAUCAGUAUUGCGAAAGGUUUUUCAGAAACUCGAAGUGAUAGGGCUUAUUCUGAAUUCCAUUGCCGGUGGGGGAGAUGUAUACUCGACUACGUCAGCGCAGGCCAGAUUGACGGACCUGGUGCAAACCAUCUCGAAUGGGUUUUCCGAGCUAGAGGCGCAGGUAGACGCCGCCAUUCCACUGGCCAGACAAGGUUCGAAUUUUGCAGCCACUGUUGGCGCUCAAUUUGCCCAACAAAACAUGCAACUGCGAAAAUUAAAGGCCGGGGUUCCGCUUUGGAAACGCUUGGUCAACUUCAACACCUGGGAAAGUCAAUCGCUCAAUCGAAAUAUUGCAAUGACUACCGCAAGCGCAUCGACGUUGAGGUCUAUUGCAUUAAAGCUUGAAGACCUCCGCGCAACUCUUGUAACCUUUCAGGGAAACGCGGAACAUUUUCGAUCCGAGGUCAUAGGUAAUCAUAAGUCUUGUCGUGAGCUAGCAAUCGAUGACGAAUUUCGGGCAAUGAGCCAGGUAAUCGGUCGCUUCAGUCAGCUCACUGAGGCGGCUGGAACCAGCCUUAAAGUAACUCGGGUCGAUUCGCCGACCCUUUCAGCCUGA